CCCAUCUCCCGCGUGUUGAUGACACGCAAGCGUAAAAGUGAUGCGCUUGGGUUUCAUUUCCGGACGCGAUAAACUACUGGAAACUUAAGCCUUAAUACGAUAAACAUAAAGGAGUUGGGCGAAAUGUCAGACUCUGACUCUGACCGCGCAGGACGCUUCCGAUUGGAUCUUAAAUUUUUGGCCAAUAGCAGUAUAGGUGCCAUAAUUAGAUCGUCAGAUGAAGUGUUUGAACGAUGGAGCCGUAUUUCUAUGGAAAGAAAGGAGGAGGCUGGACGUCUCAUGAAAAUCUAUGCCUUCUGGUUUCCCAUUCUGCUGCAGCCGGAUGAGUCCAACACGGCAACCUCCUGGGCCAUAGAAAUAGGCCUGAUUGACAAAAGUGGUGAUCUAAGUCUGAAGCACCUGCACAAGAUAGAAAUAUUGGAAACCAUUCUCAGAGCUAUGGAUAAAGGAUCUUUGAAAAAGGACCAAGCAAAGCUUGCAGUGUGGAUAGCCAACAGAUUUUAUUUGCGUUGCCCUGAGGUUCUGGAGGAUGCUGUACUUUGGGUGGAGCGGACAGAAGAACCUGAGAUCUGCCUUCGACUUCAGGAGCUUGGCCACAUAAAUAACUGCUACAAAGCCCUGCACCUUGUUUUCAUAGAGUUUGCUCAGUACAUUCACAAGAUGGGUACUAACAUUGAAAAGACCAUCAACGAACUGACAUCUUACCCACCUGACAGUUUCAUAGAGAAAAGUGAAGAAAUGAAGAAGAAGGGAAAUGAAGUCUUUCAGAAAAAGCAGUAUGAGGAUGCUGUUGAGUUUUACUCUAAAGCUGUCAAAUAUUACCCUGACAACCACAUUAUAUAUGGAAACAGAGCCCUAUGCUAUAUUCGAUGUGAGCAAUAUCUGAAAGCAGUUUUUGAUGGAAAAUGUGCAACUCUGUUAAAACCACGGUGGGCAAAGGGUCACUACCGCUAUUGUGAGGCUCUCUUCUGCUUGGGAGAGAUCACAAUGGCACUUGAAGCCAAUAGCUCUGCCUUGAGUCUAUGUAAGGAUGACCGUGAUGGGCUCAAGGACCUGGAACAACAACACCAGAAAUUCCUCACCAGCGUGACAGUUAUUAAAGGAGUGGGUCCUACAGGCGUGAAAAAUCCCGACUGUGAACCAUGUGGUUGUCCAAAAAGAAGUCAGCAUAAAAAAACAGACAGCGCUAAAAAAGCAGAAGAAAAAAAGGAGAUGCAAUACUACACUGUAAAACCUCCCAGAUCAAGCAAAUUUAUGGUGGGACUUGUUAGAAGGACGCCUCAACCGACUAAGGUAUCAGAGGUUAAAAUGGAGAAGCACACCCAACCAGGGAAGCCUGACCAGGCUACACGCACAAAGGGCAGUGCUAAAGACUCAAAAACAACAAAAAGUGGGCUGCCAUUAACCAAUGGAAAAGCAGCACACAGUACCACACCAAAAAAGCAGAAAAAAGAAACUGAAAGGAAGAGGAGCAGGCAGUCUGAAGAUGAGACUUGUGUGGUGGACAGUAAUGCAGCCUUAUGUAAACAGUUGAAGUCAAUGGUGGAAGAUGCUUAUACAGCUCUUGAUGAACACCGCAGCCGCAAUGCUGAACAGGCCUUCAGCCAAGCACUGGAAUUACUAGAAACCAGCAAAUCCAAGGAUCUUGACAUUUCCAGAGUGGAUGUCCUGCUGUUACUUUAUGGUCAAGCAACAGCCCUGACAGACAUUGGCCGACCUGAGGAACUUACAGAAGCACAAAGACUGCUGGAGAAGAUCAAAUCUUUUGAUGAGAGAACAUUUCAGUGCCUGGUUUUCUUUGCCAUUGGGAGAGUUUAUGUGAAAGAGAAUAGGUACACUAUUGCUCUGGAAAAGUUUUCAGAUUCUCUCCAGAUGGUCAAGAAUCAAAUAACACCUGGGAAACUCACCUGGCCUUUAACAAAAAAGACUGUCAAAGAAACACAGCCAGAAUAUCUAACGAAUAUUCUGGAGAAUUCUAUAGAGUUGUGCAGAUUCCCUCCUCCACCUGAUGCAAUUUGUCGCCUUGAAAACUGUGUUGGCUCUGUGAAAGCUGAAAUCUUCUUCACUGACCCAGAUUUUAAGGGCUUCCUUCAGAUAUACUGCAGUGAGAGCUGUGUAGUUGAAUACCACAUUCUUUGUUGGAAGAAUCUGAAGACAUCAUCUUUCUUUGAAAAGAACGAAAAGGAUUUCCUGCAAGAAGCCUGCUUGACACCAGACUGUAUUGGCCGAAUUUGUAGUAUCAAAAUCUUUGGUCCUACUGGCCUGGUGAAAUGUAAGUUUGAAGCUGCCAUUCCUAAACCACCGACACCAAAGAAGCCAAGAGUAAAUCAGAAAUGUACCAGUGUGAAGAAGUUAAAAUCGAAGGAGGACCGCAAACUCAGGAGAAAGCAGUAUAAACAGUCAUUUCAAGAUAACAAGGCUGACGGCAAUGAGAUUCUUCUGAAGACAUCAGACUCCACUGCUCAGAGUCAACAGAAAGCCUGGUUGCUUUAUAGGGAUCGGGUUCUUCUUCAGAUCAGCCAGCAUAUGCACUUGCUCAGAGAGGAGACGGGUCUCCCUGUAGCAGCCUUAAUCAGCAGUUUGAGACCCUGGGUUGAGCUUGACCAUUCCAGAGGAAACCAGCUUGCUGGGAGGAUGUUGAACUGGAAGCAGGAGCCACUCGAGACUCUUGGACAAGCUGUGGAAGUACUUCUAGAGAGGAAGAAUCGGGUUUGGGCUCGUGUUCUUAUCCACCUGCUCAGUAGCUCCUCGGACAUAAAUCCUAAACUCAACAGCUGGGCAUGUCAUCUUAACAAUGCAGGCCUGAAUGCUGCCCAGUCUUUCAUUGAGCGCUAUGCUGAACACUUGGAGCAGCUAGACUUGGCCCUUCUGCUCAACUUUGGCCCAUUGCAGGACAUGGUUAUAGAGAAGUUGGACACCAGGCCAGAGUUUUUUUCAAGCCUUGGCUUGACAGUGACUGAAUACCUGAAACAGGCUCUUCCACAUGACAUGAGACUCUUUAUCUGGACUCUGGAGGAGCAUAGGGAUAAUUAUUUGUCCUGCCACUCUGUACUGGAUGAGUAUUUUGAAAUGAUGGAUGGCCAUUGUUCUGUCUUAAAAAAGUCUGAGGAAAAUCAAAAUAGUUCUUCUGUAAAGGCCAAAAGCCGAGGCCGGAAGAAGAAACAGAAAGAGCCAAAGGGUGUUAUAGUUUUGUCUGGGAGGAGAGGCAUCACUCCAAGAGAUGAAUGGGACCAUGAUUUCGUUGAAGAUGACUCUUUAUCGUUCUUGCUGCCCAGUGAUCCAUUCAGUGUACCCAGUCACCUUCGAGAACAAGUGACCAAUUUUGAGGACCAGUACAGCAGCAGCCACCAAAAUCACUAUAAAAAUAUUUUGGACAAUAACCCUGACCCAACAAAAGAAAGUUUGUAUGACUAUUUUGCCCAGAUCUUGGAGGAGCAUGGCCCAUUGGUGGCUGAGGACCCCCUGCUGGUUGGUGAACUUGAAAAUUUUCCAGCCGAAGCACAGCAGAAGAUCAGAGAAGCAGGUGGCUUUGAGCCAUUCCUUCUAGGGUCUCUUCGCUUCAUAAAGAUGGAAAGGUCCAUUGGCCUGGCUAAGCAUGCUGUUGUGCUGCAGGAGGCUGAUCAUGGACCCAGCCUGGAUGACCUGGAUGACAUAACAGACCCGGACAAACACUCUCAGCCCUCUUUCACAGCCUGUCUUAGUGACUAUCCAUCUGUACAGAAUGGUGUCUACCCCAUUCUCCCAAAUCCUUACAUUUAUGGUUUUCAUCAUCCUCUGUUUCUCCAGUCACUGACCACAGGUAAUGCCUGUGGAGGAACUCUGACCGUAAAUGAUCCCAUUUGUCAUAGGACUAACAGUGAAGGCUUUAACAGUGGUCAGUGUGCCUCUUACAUUUUAGCAAAUAACUCUAAGGAGCUGAAUGGUGAUGUUAAUGAGACAGAUUGUGGUACUUUGGAGAUUGAAGUAUCUUCAGGAGAAAUCACUACAAAGGAAACCAACCAGAACUUUUUAAGGAAACAUGCAGCAAUACAGACCUGUCAGGAGUCUAUGCGGAGUGUAGCAGUGAAUACAGAACUUAAUGAGCUUUUUGAGAGCUGCCAUGGUGAUAUCAGUAAAAAGGAGAAGAGCAACCAGGAGUUGAGUGAACAGAUCGAUAUGAUGAUGAAUGACCAUGUGCAACUUUAUCAGAAGCGUAAAGACGACAUCUCUUCUCUUGAGGCAGAUAUGCAGAAGACCAGUGCCAAUAUACAAGUUACAAAAAAGGAGUUGGAACUAUUCCAACACAAGCUGGAGGAGGAAGUGAAGAAGGACCAGAAAGAGAAGAAGGCCAACCAAGAGGUCCUCAAGUCCUUGAAGCAGGAGAUUGAACAACUGCAGCAGGAGCAUGACAGUCUUGCCAGAAGGAUUAGAGGGAAGAAAACCAACUACGACACACAGCUGAGUGAUUUUUUAGAGCUGAGUAACCAAUCAGCAGCUGAGAAGAUGAGUCUGGAGGAUGAGAUUAAGCGGUGUAAAGCCUUGGUUUCCACAGCUGUCAGAAGGUCCCACACAGCUCAGUUGUCUGUGUUGGAGAGCAACCAGGACCAGGUCUUGUACAGCCUAUACAGAGAACUAGCAGAUCAGAGGGCCUUACUGAGCAAACUGGAUGAUGUAGCACCCAGACAUUCAACCCAGGAUGUGGAAAUGGCUCGAAAAACUGUGAGAGUUGCUGUACAAGAACUUGAAAAGCAGAUUUCCAGUACUGAGACACAAUUCCAAGAGCAGAAGGACCAAGUGAAGAAUGGCACAACAGUCAACGAGUUGCAUCCAGUCAGCAUCGCUGAACCUCCAGAACAUCCAUUUUCACCACCUUCUGAAGGAGCUUCAGCCUCACUUAGAACUCCAGUGCGGAUCCAGCCAACUGUUGCUUCUGCUGCUGCCGAGGGCCACAAACCCCCCAUCAGGACCUGGAGCCCCCACCCACCACUGUGGCUGACAAGGCCAUUGAGCGCCUUUCCCCCAUUUCCCUACCUACACCAGGUCAGAUCUGAUGAAGUUAAUUCAGAAGCUGCGUUCAUCCAGUGGUGGAAGCCUUUACAGCAUGACGUUACAGGAUGUAGUCAGUGGUGUGACUCAGCUGAUUUUGGACCAUCAGGAACAGAAUGUUCUGGUGUCAACCUUCAGCGAACUUCCAGUCCAGCUCAUAGUGCGAAACCCCCUUUGGUAAACCCUGCAGUCUGGCAGUCAGUUGAUACCCCUAGAGUUCCACAUUCCAAAGCAGUAAGUCCUGAGGAUCCUUGCAUCAUCUGUCAUGAGGACAUGUUUCCAGAAGAUAUCUGUGUGCUGGAGUGCAGACACAGUUUCCAUAAUGAGUGCAUCAGGUCAUGGCUGAAGGAGCAGAGUACCUGUCCCACCUGCAGAGACCACGCCUGCUCCCUGAGGAUUUCCCUGUGCUCCCAGGACGGAGGCGCCAAGGGCCCCUGAAUCCCCCACCAGACCAUACUUUUUAAUGUAUUUUUUCCACUGAUAUUAUUACAGUUGGACUGAGGUUUUUUUAAAUUGCAUUUAAAAGGUUCUGUUUUCACUGAUUGAAAUGAGAAAUGAUUUCUGUUUUGGACCCUUGCUAAAUCAGUGAUUAUUUUCUGCCUUAUAGGAAACCAUUUUCCUCAUCAGUCCAGUGGUAAGUGGACAGGGUGAUGCUGUGUUGACAAAAUUAGUUACCAGUUGAGCAACAAUCUGAAAUGAGUCCCCUUGGGUUUACUGUCCAAUUUAUUAUUCCAGAAGGGCAUUUUAUGUGAUCCAAUCCAAGUCUGAAUAAAAUGGUUAUGCCAAGAAGCCAAUGGCUACUCCCCAAUGAGAUCAAAAUGUUUCUCACUUUUUUCCAGAGUUGAGUUUUCCUAAAUCCCUCCAAAGCUACAACUCCUUGCUUGAAGUUAAAAUUACUUAAACUUAAAUGAUUGUGUUUACUAAAGGAGUUGAAUCCAGCUAUUAUUUAACCUUUUCUUCUAGCUUCUGGGAAAAGCCUCUCAGAUCACAUGGUUGUGGUCUCAAAAUGCUUGGUGCAAAUCGCUGAGGAAUGUUUCAGUGUAGACAUGAUUUCAUCUUCAGACUCUGCACAGCUUCAGAGGGAAAUUCUCAGUGAUGAGAUGGUCGUCGUGAAGUACAAUGACAAUGUUGACUUCAAACUCUGCCGGAAAAAGACAGAGUGAAUUGAAUAAAUAUACAUACCUUGUAUGUUGCAUUGUCAAAGCACUGACAAGCUACAGUCAUGGUAACUUACUGCACUUAACUGCAAUCAGAACAGUGGAUCUGCUUUUACAUUUACCACACAUCUAAAAACUACACUGCUUAUUAUGCAAUCUAAGUAUAAGAAAUGCUCGUAUCACUU